AUGGUCAGGGAGGACGGCUCCAAAUCCACCGUGAUUAACAUCAGCAGUGACAAUGUCCCAAAGGAUUUUAUUACCUGGUCCACAUUUAACACAGUGUUCAUGAACAGCUGUUGCCUGGGUUUCAUUGCCUAUAUCUUCUCUGUGAAGUCCAGGGACAGGAAGAUGGUAGGUGAUGUGAAUGGGGCCCAAGACUAUGCUACAACUGCCAAGCGACUGAACAUCGCUGCUGUGAUCGUCUCCAUCGUCUCGUUCAUUGUACUUAUCAUUGUAAUCAGCCAACAAAAAUAG